AUGACUCGCCCCAGGGAGCCUGAAUAUUCACUCGCCGUCGUCUCGUCACGAGCGCCGGCUUCUCGAGAGGCUACAAAUAGACCGUCUCUUCCAUUCUUCUUCCUUCCUAGCGCUUCUGUUUUCCUAUCUUCCCUGCACCACGCUCACAUCCGUCGCCGCCACACAGAACAACUCCUCGCCAGCAACCGCACCAUCCUCGACACCCUGGCUGCGUCAAAUCGGGCGAAGAAGGGUCACGCCCAAGCCCUCGGAGGCAAUGGGCGGAAGAGCAACCAUCGCAAAGCUUACGCUCUCAUGGACCUCUCAGGUAUGGAUGGCGGUGAGUACAGCGACAAGGAGAACAUCGAAGACCUCACGCCGCUGUUCAAGCCCCUAGCAGAGCCCGUGGCCAAGAAGCGCAAUGCCGCGUCGCCCCUCAAGGAGAAGAUGCAGCCUGCUGCCAAGAAGGCCAUGAUGGGUCCUAGGCCGAAGACAUCGCCUGUCAAGAAGCAGCCGCCGAAGAUGGGGUCGCUCUUGCCCAAGCCAAAGAUGGAGCAAGCUGGGAAGGAGCCACCCAAACCAGAACCCGUCAAGGAGGAGCAAUCCACGUCAAAACCCAUCAACAAAGCAGCAGUCGCGACCGCCUCCGAAGCAGAAUCCACGACCAAGACCAUCAUCACCAACCGCCCCCUCCCCAGCAACGAAGAACUGCACAUCCGCGCCGAGCUCCAGAAGCAGAGCAAGCCUCCAGUCCUGCACCGCAUCCUCAACAACUCCACCCAGCGCCGCGAAGAGAUCAAGACGCGCAUUGAGGAUCUUAAGGCGCAGAAAGCCGCUAUCGGACCCGGAGCUGAGAAGACUGAUAUUAUGCAUGAGAUCAAUGCGCUGAAUGUCGAGGGGAGGUUGGUGCUUUCGCUUUCUUGUUUGGCGCAGUUGAGGUUGAGGGAGGUUGAGGAUCUGGAGAAGGGCGUGGCGGAGGCUGGUCAGGCUGAUGGGUAG